CCCCCAGGUCCGCCAUCUUUCCUUUCCGCGUGUUGUUGCUGUUUCUGCCUCGCUGUUUGGAGCAGGUUAGGGGAAUAAAGAAGAGCCGGGCUGCUGUCGCUGAACCGAGGAUAAUACACUAUGAAUCAAGAAAAACUAGCCAAGCUUCAGGCCCAGGUCCGAAUAGGUGGAAAGGGUACAGCACGUAGGAAGAAGAAGGUUGUACACAGAACAGCAACAGCUGAUGAUAAGAAACUUCAAAGUUCUCUAAAGAAACUGGCUGUGAACAACAUUGCUGGGAUUGAGGAGGUGAACAUGAUAAAGGAUGACGGGUCAGUGAUUCACUUUAACAACCCCAAGGUUCAGGCCUCCUUGUCCGCCAACACCUUUGCUAUCACCGGCCACGCAGAGACCAAGCAGCUGACAGAGAUGCUCCCGGGUAUCCUCAGCCAGCUGGGUGCAGACAGUCUGACCAGCCUGCGCAAACUUGCAGAGCAGUUCCCACGGCAAGUUCUGGAUAACAAAGCACCAAAAGCAGAAGAUAUUGAUGAAGAAGAUGAUGACGUACCAGAUCUUGUAGAGAAUUUCGAUGAGGCAUCGAAGAACGAAGCAAACUGAAGCUGUCCUGAGAUGCAGAGUUCCAAUGAUGGGGACUGCAAACGAGGAAGCGGCUUGCUCCUGUGUUUUAACUUUAUAAAAACAAACCGGGAGAUCUUUCAUUUCAACACCGCAAAAACAAGAGACUUUUUUGUAUUUUUAACAGGCUGACUUGUUCAGCAUCUUCCGUUUGGACAGAUUUAUGCACUUAAGAAAACAGAAAGUUCUAAAAGUUUUUCGGGGUUUAAAAUAAUUUUUUUUUGAAGCAGCUGGGAUCUUGGCUGUGUUUGCAGUGGUGAGGAAGAAAGUUAGUCUUAUUUAAAGUUUUUUUUUUUUUUUUUUUUUUUUCCCUUAAUUACAAAAUAAAACAAAUUGAU